UUGAUACAAAAACGUGUUUAUUCUAUACGAAGACUCAACCAUUUAGUGAUUGAUGAAAGCGAUACUCUCUUUGACGAUACUUUUGGUCACGAAAUAAUAGAUCUGUUGGGAAAUGUAACCGUGAGAGAUAACACCGAACAGACAGACGACGAAACCGAUUGCGACGAACCGAAGGCUGAGUCGGGCGCCGGUGGCCUACAAAUGGUGUGUGUGAGCGCAACAAUGCCUAGAAAUCUAUCACAAACUCUGGGUAAUGUUGUCGACAUCGACGACAACUUCGACACCAUAUCUACUCGUUGUUUGCAUCACAUUAUGCCUCACGUGCGG